CCUCAUGGCUGUGAUGCAGCUCACACUGACGACAUGCUGAUGGAAUCUGAGCCGUGUGUGAGAAGUCAUCAUAAGCACGUCGCCUUCAUUCCAUGCCACAGAUCUGAUUCCUUUACCCCAUUACCCCCUCGCCCCCUCCCUCCUCAGCGUGGUGGAGUUGAACAUUUCCUGCCUGCAGCUAUGGACAGUUUGGAGUUAAAGGAUUUAUUCACCGUCGCUCAAUUUAUUAAAGCCAGAUGUGAUCACGGACUGAAAGCUGGAGAACCUAAAAACAUCAAAAACUAUGUUUUUUUUGAGGUGGAGAUUCUGGACCCAAAGACCAGGACGCAGCUCUGCUACCUGGACAAGGUGGAUCCGAGCGCCACAGUUGGAGAAAUCAAAACCCUGCUGCACCGACUGUAUCCAAAAUGGUAUCCAGCAAGACAAGCACUGAAACUCCAUCCUGAAGGAAAAGCUCUUAAAGAUGAUGAUGUUCUGGAGGAUCUGCCUGUGGGGACGACGGCCACCAUGUUCCUGCAGGACCUCGGGCCUCAGUUGGGCUGGACUAUGGUGUUUCUGUCAGAAAGCAUCGGCCCUCUUUUUAUUUAUCUGCUGUUUUAUUAUCGUCUGCCGUUUAUCUACAGUCACGAGUACGACUACACACAAAGUUCUCAUGCUGUUGUCAGACUAGCGUGUGUGUGUCACACUCUUCACUAUGUAAAGAGAUUAGCGGAGACAAUCUUCAUCCAUCGCUUUUCACAUGGAACUCUGCCGCUGCACACCAUCGCACUGAAUUGUUUAUAUUAUUGGGGAUUUGCAGCGUGGUUAGCGUACUACAUCAACCACCCUCUGUACACCACACCCAUGUACGGAAAAAUUCAGAUCUACACAUCACUCUUUACAUUUCUGGUGUGUGAGUGUGGAAACUUCUCCAUUCAUCUCGCUCUGAAUCGACUCAGCUGUAACGGAUCGAGGCCGAUGCAGAUUCCAUACCCGAGUAAAAACCCCUUCACCUGGCUCUUCUUCUUCGUCUCCUGUCCAAACUACACGUAUGAGUUGGGUUCAUGGAUCAGUCUCACAGUGAUGACGCAGUGUGUUCCAGUGGCCGUGUUCACCUUGAUCGCGUUCGUACAGAUGACCAUCUGGGCUCGAGGAAAACACAAAACCUACAUCCAGGAGUUUAGGGAAUAUCCUGAACUCAGGAGUGCCAUCAUUCCUCUCUUCCUCUAGUGAUCUAGGACAAAACUCUCACACAGAACCUUUAUAACAUCCUUAAUCUCACGAAAUACCAAUGUAGGACUGAGAGAAAUGUAGCAGUGAAGUGUUUAUCAGUGUUCAUCACCACAGUAUUCAUCACCACAGUAUUCAUCACCACAGAACAAACACAUGGUUCAUCACCCACACACAAGGCGGAGGUGGGAAUCGAACCCCCAACCCUGGAGGUGUGAGGCGAACGGAUAAAUUUUCUAUGGAGUCUAUGGAUAAAUUUAAAGUAAUUAAAUAUUUCAAGAUUUUUAUGCAUUACAGGAUUCCUAAAGCAAAUAUUUAAUAGAUAUAAUUUACAUAUUUCCCCCCCUUAUAGAUUCAGUGUGGAACCUGCACAAAAUGGUUCCACAUAAAAUGCCUUGUGAUGACAGAAGCACAAAUAUCGAGCGGACAUAUCCCUUAGUAUUGUGUAUUGUGUAUUGAGCUAAAGUACAGAGACCAUAGAGUUUAACAAUAUCUGUAAUAGCUCUUAUAU